AUGGUAUUCGGCAAAGAACAUGCACUUGAAUUUUUGGCUAAAACGCCUAUUGCAUUUAUUGGUACUAUAACUCAAGUUAUUCCGGGUAUGUCCACACGAUCAAUGCCACCAAUAAAUCAUUAUAGAUUACGAUUUGAAAAUAUUCAACCUUUACGUGGUUCUAUCUCAACAACAGAGUUCAGUUAUCAUCAACGUGGUGCAGACUAUGUUCCUCAACAGAUUAUUCAAAAUCCUAAUGGUUCAGAGACAAUGUCAGAUCAAAGACAACAAGAACAAGUAAAAGAACCAACAGCUGGUUUGACUUGUUUAGCAUGUUCUAGUGAUGGACAACAUAUAAAUACAUUAGUUGAAUUAGAUAAUAAUAUAAUUGAACAAUUAAUUAAAUCAUCGAAAAUUCCAUUAGGAUGGAGUAAACAAUCGAAUGGACACUAUGAAAGUCCUUGGCAGCAUUCUCAUGCACAACAUGUCAAAUGGUAUGAUAAUCAACGGUUUGCUAGUCAUGAGAAAUGUGUCAAAAGUGGUCGACCAUUACUUAUUACAACUGAUGAUAUUUCACUUACAUGUGAACCUGUUCAAGCAACUCAUACAAAAGAAUAUCAAAAUCCGGAUGGUGAUGGUGUUUUCAACCUAACAGUAACAAAUAAUAGCAAUCGACCAGUUGAAAUACCUGCAUUAUUACGUGAUAGUCAUUCAAAAAAAAUUCUUUGGGAAGAAAGUGUCUUUGUCAUUACAGAUGCAGGCAAUCACUUCUUUCCAGGUCAUGGUCAAGCACGUGAUGUUGAACCAACUGUACUUGAACCUUACGAAAAUGUAUCGACUAAAUUAGAUACAUUAACUUUACAUGGUUUAUCAUGGCCUCAAGGUGGUUGGCGUUUAAAUUUAAGAUUUUGUUUAGGUAAUAAAGCAACUGAAGGAAAUUAUUAUUAUUUUACUGAUCAUCAUGAACCAUUACGUAAGAAAGCUGAGAAGAAAAAAACUGCUAUUAUUGAUUAA